AUGGACCGAGUGUUUCCUGGGGUAUGGGCUUCUAAUGUACCAGGAAGGGCGAAAAAUGCAACCCCUAUAUUGAUUAAGCUCAAGGCAGGAAAGCAACCAGUUAGGAUAAAACAAUCCCCUUUGAAGAGAGAGGAUAGAGAAGGAAUUAGUCUGGUAAUUGAGAACCUUUUGCAGCUAGGAUUAUUCAAGGAAUGUCAUUCUGAUUUCAACACUCCUACUUUACCCGUUCCAAAACCAGACGGGUCAUAUCGAGUAGUACAGGAUUUAUGAGCUGUUAACAAAAUAACUGAGGAUCUUUAUCCCAUGGUAGCCAAUCCAUAUACUUUAUUAACAUGCCUAACACCAGAGCUAACUUGGUUUACUGUUUUAGCCUUCUUUUGCCUCCCUCUCCAUGAAGCCAGCCAGAAAAUUUUUGCAUUUGAAUGGGAAAGCCCUAAGAGUGAGCAUAAAACUCAGCUCAGAUGGACGGUGUUGCCUCAGGGGUUUAAAAAUUCUCCUACUUUGUUUGGAGAACAAUUUGCAAAGGACUUCGAGUCCUGGGAAGCUCCCUCAGAAGAAGGAAAGCUGCUGCAGUACGUGGGCGACCUCCUGAUAGCCACCCGGACAAGAGAGGCAUGUGUGGCUUGGACGGUAAGCCUCUUGAAUUUCCUGGCUCAGGGGUACAGAGUAUCGAAGGAAAAGGCUCAGGUGGUGGAGCAGAAAGUGAUCUACCUGGGUUAUGAGGUCAGUGCUGGACAGCGGACCCUGGGGCAGGAACGUAAGGAAGUGAUUUGUCAAACCUCGAAACCUCAAACAACAAAAGAACGGCGAACCUUUUGCGGGAUGACAGGGUGGUGCAGAUUGUGGCUUCAUAACUACGGAGUGCUUGUAACGCCUCUGUAUGCCCUCAUCGUGAAUGAGAGCAGAGACCUCCAGUGGACAGAGGAGGCCACGCGGGCCUUUCACCAGCUGAAGAACGCCCUCAUGUCAGCUCCAGCCCUUGGGCUUCCAGAUGUGAGUAAACCCACCUUUUUAUUUUCCCAUGGAAAGCAGGGAAUUGCUCUGGGUAUACUAGCUCAGGACCUGGGCCCACAUCGAAGGGCAGUAGCUUAUUUCUCCAAGCAGCUAGACGCAGCAGCUAAGGGAUGGCCGGGGUGCCUCAGAGCUGUUGCAGCAUCUGUGCUAAACAUGCAAGGAACGUGCAAAUUCACCCUGGGACAGAAGAUGACCAUACUGGUGUCUCAUGCAGUGUCCACUGUGCUGGAAGUGAAGGGUGGGCACUGGCUUUCCCCACAAAGGUUCCUGAAAUACCAAUCCAUUAUGGUAGAACAAGAUGAUGUAGAAAGAGUGGUAACUAACAUUGUCAACCCAGCUUCUUUUCUCAGUGGCAAUCAAGGGGAGCCAGUAUACCAUGAUUGCCUGGAGACUAUAGAAGCCAUGUACUCCAGACACCCAGAUCUGAAGGACACCCCUUUUGAGGAUGCAGAAACCUGGUUCACUGAUGGGAGCAGCUACGUCAUCGGUGGGAAACGACAUGCGGGCUAUGUGGUUACCACCCACAGAGAGGCAAUAGAAUCUGGACCCUUGCCGACAGACACCUCUGCACAGAAGGCUGAGAUAAUUGCUCUAACUUGUGCCUUGGAAAUAGCAAAAGGGAAGAUAAACAUUUAUACAGACUCAAGAUAUGCAUUUGGAGUAGUACAUGCACAUGAAGCUAUUUGGAAAAGAGGGCUGUUGAACUCGCAGGGGAAAACCACCAAACACGCACAAGACAUAAUAAACCCAUUGGAAGCAGUCCAGCUGCCAGAGAAGGUAGCAAUCAUGCAUAUUAAGGCACACCAGCAGGUGGGCUCAGCAUUGGAGGAGGGAAACGAGCUGGUGGACAGAGAGGCAAAAGAAGCAGCUAAAGGUGGGAGAACAGUUGAGGGAGCCCUGAUUCCAGAUGGACAGGUCCCUCUUAAAGGAGAAAUUUUGCUUCUAAGGACUGCGGAGAUGCUUGUGUUCGUCAGCGUCACUAACGGUGGCUAUUAG